ACUAUGUGAUUCCUAAAUAUGACAUGCAUAUCUUAUAUAAUGUUUCAGAAUUUCCUGAUGAGGUGGAGACACCCUUAGAUGUCCCGGCAAGAAAACGUUUCGCAAAAUACAGAGGUCUAAAAUCAUUUAGGACAUCAUCCUGGGAUCCUAAGGAAUCUUUGCCACCUGAAUAUGCAAGAAUAUUUGCAUUCGAUAAGUUUACACGAACACAAAAGCACGUGCUUGCUAAAAGGGCUGAGCUAGAUGAAGAAAGCUCAAAGGAUUGUGCCCGAAUAGGAUCAUAUGUUAUGCUUCACGUGAAAAAUGUUCCUACAGAUGUUGCCUCCAAACUUUGUCAUCCAUCAAGAAGAUUACCUGUGGUUGUUUCUGGUCUUCUUCAACAUGAGUCGAAAAUUUCAGUUCUUCAUUUCAGCAUAAAAAAGCAUGACUCCUAUGAAGCUCCUAUCAGAAGUAAGGAACCUCUUAUUUUCAAUGUUGGAUUCCGGCAGUUUACGGCAAGGCCACUAUUUUCAUCUGACAACAUCAAUUGCAAUAAGCAUAAGAUGGAGAGAUUUUUACAUCAUGGGCGAUUUUCUAUUGCUUCCGUCUAUGCUCCAAUUUCCUUUCCACCCGUUCCUCUGAUUGUUUUGAAGAACAUAGAUGGGCAACAACCUGUCAUUGCUGCAGUAGGUACACUGAAAAGUGUGGAUCCUGACCAGAUUAUUCUCAAAAAAAUUGUUUUGACUGGGUAUCCCCAGAGAGUCUCGAAACUCAAAGCAAUGGUGCGGUACAUGUUCCACCACCCAGAAGACGUCAGAUGGUUCAAGCCUGUCGAGCUGUGGACGAAACAUGGCAAACGCGGCCGGAUCAAGGAGACUGUCGGCACUCACGGUUCCAUGAAGUGCAUAUUCAACAGCAGCGUCCAGCAGCAUGAUACCGUGUGCAUGAGUUUGUUCAAACGAGCUUUCCCCAAAUGGCCAGAACAGUUCUAUCUUCAGAUAUAAGAAUACUCGUAUACUUUGCAUACCGGCUAUAAAGGGUGCGAACGAGCUUCUGGCUCUCGGUGGAUUGUAUCCCGUAGCCCAUGGAAGUGGAGUGGUGGCGCGUGCUUGUUUGAUGCAGCUCAUAUAGGUCUUGUACCAAGAUGGAGGGAGAUGCAGCUUUGCUGUGUGUUGUAUUGCCUUGACUGUUUUGUCUGUUUAUGUUACCAACAUGGCUGGAUUUUGGGCAUACUGAUAAUACCUCUCAAUUUAGUGUGUUGUUUUCUUGCA